CUAAUUUGUUUUGUCUGGCCCACCCAUUUGCUAUUUUAUUGGUUUUUUUUAUAUAGUUCUGUUAAUUUAUUGCCAUCAUCUCUGAGAUAGUUUCAGUUCUGUUUCUUGAUCGGUACAGAAUCCAAGAUAAAUUAUAUACAAACACAUACAUAUAUGUAAAAAAUCUAAGUCUUUGAUUUUAGGUUCGAUACAAUGUCAAUAAAGUUUUGUCUUUUUUGUCUGACCCAUCUUUUUCUAGUUGAUGUUGAUGUUAAAAUCAAUGGUCGUUAAUGCCUGUUCGAUCAGAUUUUUUUCUAACUCCGAAUCAUCAAGUGGGUAUAUAAUGAGCCCGUAAAAAUCACUCCUUUUCGAUUAAAAGAUGGGAUUUUUCGUGAUGAUUAGAGAUGUUUCCAUGGGAUUUAUGCUCCUAUGUAUUUCUGCUUUGUGGGUUUUGCCAAUACAAGGUGCUGGUAGAGAAAGUUUCUCAAGAAACUCUUCUUCUUCUUCUCUGCCAAGCUCUGUAAACGUUGGAGCUCUGUUUACUUAUGAUUCUUUCAUUGGAAGAGCGGCCAAACUUGCGUUUGUGGCGGCCAUUGAAGACAUUAAUGCUGACCAGAGUAUCCUCAGGGGCACCAAGCUUAAUAUUGUCUUCCAGGACACUAAUUGCAGUGGAUUUGUUGGCACCAUGGGAGCUUUGCAGCUAAUGGAGAACAAGGUGGUUGCAGCCAUUGGUCCACAAUCUUCAGGAAUUGGUCACAUAAUCUCCCAUGUAGCUAAUGAGCUUCAUGUACCUUUCUUGUCAUUUGCAGCAACGGACCCGACUCUUUCUUCGCUUCAAUACCCUUAUUUCCUUCGUACCACACAGAAUGAUUACUUCCAGAUGAAUGCAAUCACGGAUUUUGUAUCCUAUUUUCGAUGGAGAGAAGUUGUUGCGAUCUUUGUGGAUGAUGAGUAUGGUAGGAAUGGAAUAUCUGUAUUAGGUGAUGCUUUAGCCAAGAAACGUGCCAAGAUCUCUUACAAGGCUGCAUUUCCACCUGGUGCAGAUAAUAGCUCAAUCAGUGAUUUAUUGGCUUCUGUUAAUCUGAUGGAAUCUCGCAUCUUUGUUGUUCAUGUGAAUCCUGAUUCGGGUUUAAACAUAUUCUCUGUCGCCAAAUCUCUUGGAAUGAUGGGAAGUGGCUAUGUCUGGAUCACUACUGAUUGGCUUCUUACAGCUUUGGAUUCCAUGGAACCGUUGGAUCCCAGAGCUUUGGAUCUCUUGCAAGGAGUGGUUGCAUUUCGUCAUUACACACCUGAGAGUGACAACAAGAGACAGUUUAAAGGAAGAUGGAAAAACCUUAGAUUCAAGGAGAGUCUAAAAAGUGAUGAUGGCUUCAAUUCUUACGCGCUGUAUGCUUACGAUUCUGUUUGGUUGGUAGCUCGCGCUCUCGAUGUUUUCUUCAGCCAAGGCAAUACAGUGACUUUCUCUAAUGAUCCAAGUCUGAGGAAUACCAACGAUAGCGGCAUUAAGCUAUCAAAACUUCACAUUUUCAAUGAAGGGGAGAGGUUCUUGCAGGUCAUUCUUGAGAUGAAUUAUACAGGUCUGACUGGACAAAUCGAGUUUAAUUCAGAGAAAAACCGGAUUAAUCCAGCCUACGACAUUCUGAACAUAAAAAGUACAGGUCCACUGAGAGUUGGAUACUGGUCGAAUCAUACAGGUUUCUCAGUCGCGCCUCCAGAGACAUUAUACUCUAAGCCUUCAAACACAUCUGCAAAAGACCAACGUCUUAAUGAGAUCAUAUGGCCAGGGGAAGUAAUAAAGCCACCUCGGGGUUGGGUUUUCCCUGAAAAUGGAAAGCCGCUGAAAAUCGGGGUGCCUAACCGUGUAAGCUACAAAAACUAUGCUUCUAAGGACAAGAACCCGCUUGGUGUUAAAGGCUUUUGCAUCGACAUCUUUGAAGCUGCGAUUCAAUUGCUUCCAUAUCCCGUUCCACGUACUUAUAUACUAUAUGGGGACGGGAAGAAAAAUCCUUCAUAUGACAAUCUCAUAAGUGAAGUUGCUGCAAAUAUUUUCGAUGUAGCUGUUGGGGAUGUUACCAUCAUUACAAACAGAACCAAGUUUGUAGAUUUCACGCAGCCAUUUAUAGAAUCAGGGCUUGUGGUGGUAGCUCCAGUGAAGGGGGCCAAGUCUAGUCCUUGGUCCUUCUUGAAGCCAUUCACUAUAGAGAUGUGGGCUGUGACCGGUGCCCUUUUUCUCUUUGUUGGAGCCGUCAUCUGGAUUCUUGAACAUCGAUUUAACGAAGAAUUCCGCGGACCUCCUAGGCGUCAAAUCAUUACAGUCUUCUGGUUUAGCUUCUCAACAAUGUUCUUCUCUCACAGUAUGCACACAAUUACAUUUAAGAUCAUACGAAAACAUCAAAGAGAAGAAACUCUCGGUUCUUUUCUUUUGUUACCAAGGUCGCAAGGUGUUUUAUUCUUCUUCCUUUGUUGAUCUUCAGGGGAGAAUACGGUGAGCACGUUGGGAAGGUUUGUGCUACUCGUAUGGUUAUUUGUGGUUCUAAUCAUCAACUCAAGCUACACAGCCAGUCUCACUUCAAUCCUCACCGUUCAACAGCUAACAUCUCGGAUAGAAGGAAUGGACACUUUAAUAGCAAGCAACGAACCCAUUGGAGUCCAAGAUGGUACCUUUGCGUGGAAAUUUCUGGUCAAUGAACUUAACAUAGCUCCAUCAAGAAUCAUUCCGCUUAAAGACGAAGAAGAAUAUCUCUCUGCUCUUCAACGUGGUCCCAGAGGCGGUGGCGUGGCAGCCAUUGUCGACGAGCUUCCUUACAUUAAAGCUCUCUUGUCAAACAGCAACUGCAAGUUUCGAACAGUUGGACAGGAAUUCACUCGGACAGGCUGGGGAUUUGCGUUCCAGAGAGACUCUCCUCUAGCUGUGGACAUGUCGACAGCGAUCCUGCAACUGGCUGAAGAAGGAAAACUCGAGAAAAUCCGCAAGAAAUGGCUUACCUACGACCACGAAUGUACAAUGCAGAUUUCAGAUACAGAAAACUAUCAAAUAUCGGUACAGAGUUUCUGGGGACUCUUCCUAAUAUGUGGCGUCGUUUGGUUCAUUGCACUCACACUCUUCUGCUGGAAAGUUUUCUGGCAAUACCAACGGUUAAGACCAGAAGAGAGUGAUGAAGUACAGGCGAGGAGCGAGGAGGCUGGUUCUUCUAGAGGGAAAAGUUUGAGAGCAGUGAGUUUCAAGGAUUUGAUCAAAGUUGUUGAUAAGAGAGAAGCAGAGAUUAAGGAGAUGCUUAAGGAGAAGAGCAGUAAGAAACUCAAAGAUGGCCAAAGUUCAGCUGAGAAUUCGCAGUCGAAAGAUCACGAAACUCCACAGUGAGAUAUAUAAUAACGAGUUACACAAUUUGUUUAAUGACUGCAGAUAUAACAUUACACUUAGAAAGGUACAUAGAUUUAUUACAUAGAUAGAGAUAAAAAUGCAAAACAAUUUCCCUACCAUCUUGCAAGACGAACAAGUGAACUGAGUCAUGGUUUCAAUACCAAGUAGUCUCAACAUUUUAAAAGAUC